AUGGGCCCUGGAGAAUUCUCGGCGCAUCCCACAAUGGAAACAGGGGUCCCUUGGGAUGAAUUCACAACGAUAUCCGAUCCCCAAAUGUUAGCCACAAUGGCCGCCAACAAGAGCCAGAUGAUGAACCUGUCACCAAACGUCUGGACGACCGGCUCCGUACCAACCGGCCUAUCACCCAGCUCACCAAUGUCCGCCCAAGCACAACCGAUGAGCGCUCCAACAUACGCCAUGCAGCCCGACGGCACCGUCUGGCAAGUCCCACCACCUCCGCAACAACCAUCAAGAGCCAUGAGUUACCCAGGCCAGGACUUGAGUCCCACAUACCAAAACCAACAACAAUUCCAACAACAAAUGCCACCAGACCUGAAGAGGAGGAUGACAACACCCGCUCAGUCUCUUUCCGCCCCAAGUGCCGGUCCACAUAGCUCGCCUGGAUCCGCCUCCGACAUGCAACCUCCCGUCCCUUACCCUGCCCCACCGGGCAUGGAAUACGCACAGUGGCCCAUGAACCCUAUGCCCCAGGGCAUGGGCAUCGUUCCAUACCCCAUGUACGCCGGUGAUGCGAUCCAACAACAACAACCUUUUUCUACCAACCCUUCUCCAAUGGGACAUCCAGGUGGCCCGGGUCGCUCGGGACCUUGA